UACCGAAUCGUCCCGUUGCUUUUAAAUCUUUCACCAAUGGCGAUCACUGAAUAGAAGAAGACCAAUAUAGUAUCUAUCCUUUUCGUUUCACCUGAAUACAAUGAAAGUGCGCAACGUUCAGUGGGUGGGAGCAUUGUGCGCGAGCGAGAGGGAGAAGGAGGGAUAGAAAUCAUCCGUCUCGUAAGCCGUCAUGGCUGAAUCAUUGUGAGGGACUCUUUCACGAGAACGAUAACAAAUGACAUUGUGAUUCUAAUUAAUAGGCGCGAAAAUCACUAGUACAUGGAACUAUUUAUAAACCGUAUCCCAAUGUGGAAUGUGCUGAACAGCGUUCUCGCGUGUGCGUAACUCCCCCCGUGAAACGAUGAACGGGUUAAGUUUUAGUGAAUUCUGUUGCUUAUUUUGCUGUCCACCCUGCCCGUCCAGAAUCGCAGCUAAACUAGCGUUUCUACCGCCCGAGCCUACGUACACCUUCAUCGAGGAUGAGGGUUCAAAAUUCACGAUAUCCCUGUCGGAGAGAGCCGAGUGGCAAUAUACGGAAAGGGAGAAGGAAUCGGUGGAAGGUUUUUACGCAAGAACGUCACGAGGAAACCGAAUAGCAUGUUUGUUCGUGCGAUGCUCGGCCACCGCACGUUUCACCAUAUUAUUCUCUCAUGGAAAUGCAGUUGAUCUUGGACAGAUGUCCAGCUUCUAUCUGGGACUUGGAUCGAGGAUAAACUGUAACAUAUUUAGUUACGAUUAUUCGGGUUACGGGGUUUCCGGUGGUAAACCUUCGGAAAAGAACCUUUAUGCGGAUAUAGACGCUGCAUGGCAUGCUCUGAGAACGCGUUAUGGCAUUAGUCCAGAAAAUAUUAUUCUUUAUGGCCAAAGCAUCGGGACUGUGCCCACGGUCGAUCUGGCCGCGCGCUACGAGGUUGGCGCAGUUGUUCUGCACUCGCCUUUAAUGUCCGGAAUGCGUGUCGCUUUCCCCAAUACCAAGAGAACCUGGUUUUUCGAUGCUUUCCCAAGUAUAGAUAAGGUACCCAAAGUAACAUCCCCUGUUCUGGUGAUCCACGGCACUGAGGAUGAAAUAAUAAACUUUAGUCAUGGUUUGGCAAUAUAUGAAAGGUGCCCGAGAGCAGUAGAGCCAUUGUGGGUGGAGGGUGCUGGCCACAAUGAUGUGGAGCUGUACAAUCAGUACUUGGAGAGAUUGAAACAGUUUGUGAGUGUGGAGCUGGUAAACUGACGGCGACUGAGCCUCUCCCAGACUCAGGGAGGGCAGGGAGGGCACACUCAUGUGAGCAGUCAAGGGCAUACUACUUCGAACAAUUCCAACACCAUCAGUUCUAUCUCCACCAGCUCACAAACAGAGAAGCUUGUCUAGCAGUCGCCUCCCACAGGGGAGAAGGCACCUGUCCUCCCCUGUGACGAAGAAUCAUCAGUCGCGUCGAUAGACGAUGGAUUCUUCUUUCGCGAUCAGAGUCAGAAAGUUCACCGCAAUGAAUCUUUAAAGGAAAUAUGUUCUGAAGACGAUGAGUCGAGUUUAGAUAGUAAUUCGAAGAAGGCUAUUCAACAGGACGAGAAGCAGAAGGAACUUGGUAUAAGUAUUCAGGACAAGAAACAUAGUAAAACAAUAUUAGAGGGUCGCAAUUUCCGAUUAAAUCAUAUUGGUCAGGUUGCAAAGAAACAUAUACCUUUGCCUAAGAAUUUGAAGAAUCCUUUUAGUAAGAGUCAGAAGAAUAUUGUUCAUAGAACUUUGAAGAAUUCCUUUGGUCAAGGUCAUAAGAAAAUUGAUACACAGGUGUCUCAUACGACUUUAGUGGAUAUUCAAGUUGAAGACUGCCGUCAGUACACCCUCGGAGAGAAAUCGUUCUCCUCAUUUUCCAUUACCUCUAGUGAUAAUAAAGAUGUUUCAGACUGCAAAAGCGUUCAUAGACAGCUCAAAGCGGAAAAGAAGUCUCCCAUAAAUCAGUUUAAGUACAGUAGUAUAGAAUCAGCGUUGGAAUCAGAAUGCAAGAAUAAAAAACAUUGCUGCAAUAAAGAGACACUUGGAAAAGAAGAGACAGAGUCUACUGCGGAGUCUACUAAGAAGUUUCUAUGGGGUAGUAAGGGUAACAAAUUUAAGGAUCAAACAAAGACCGAUUCAAUGGAGAAGAAAUUGAAAGCUAAGAAAUUGAUCUGCAGUCCUUUGAAAAAAUUCGGGCGGUCAUCUCUGACAAUCGAGCCAGAUAAAAUAAUGAUAAAUCUGCCAAAGUGUUCUCCGUGUGCUUGUAGAUUGGCUGCUAGCUCAAAGAUUCUAUCCAACGAUACUGGUUUGUUUUCACGAUUCACUUCAAGUCCUCACCAUGUUGUACGUUCAAGGAGUCCGUCUCAUAUGGAUGUGCAGACGGACGUUUCGAAGUCAUCGGAGAAGACGAUGCCAGCUAAUGUAUUCUCAAACAUGCAACAAUUUCAAAAAGCGCGUCACGCGCCUAGGAGCAGAAGCGUGGGUGAACUGUGCCACAUUGUCAACAAGUGAAGAAUGAAAUGGAGAAAUCAACUGUAGACUUAGUGUUGCUAAUCAACACGAGUUGCCGUUCCAAUAUCUCUUCCACGUAACUGCUUUGAGAGAAGAAACUGUUAGAUUUAUAAGCAUGAUCGUGCUAGUGAGAGACUGUGCACACAAAUAUAUGACGAAGAUGAUUAUACAGGAUGUUUCCGAUCAGGUGGCACAUAUAGGGUGCAUUUACAUGAAAAAAUAAGUAACCAGUGAAGAGAGACUUCUUUUUCGUAAGAGACUUGAUUUUUCAAUAAAUUUAAAAUACAGCGCCUUUGCGUGGUUCACCAAGAGCGGCAUGGCGGUCUUUUUAAAAAACAAAUUUUGACGAAUCUUUAACGAUGAUUUAUUUAAAAAUGAAAUCUCCUAUAAAAAAAAUGGACAUUUACAUUUCUGAUUUAUUUUUUCAUGUAAACUCAUCCAUCCAGUAAUGCCAAAGGUCGGAAAGACCUCGAAUUUCUAGAGAUACGAGAUAAUAUGUAUAUCUGUGCAUAAAUAUUCUUAUUACACAUGCACAUGUUGCAAAAAUCCCAUUACCGCAGUUUAAACUGCGAGAUAUUGUUGCGACAAAUACUGUCGAGUAUUAUUAUUAUUUUUUAUGAUCAUUCUGUCACCAUCGAUGCUACCAUUAACUGUAGCUAGUGUGGGACAAGAAAGUUCCUCGCUGAACCUAUGCUUCUUAAUUAAAAAGAACAAAAAAAAAACAGUUUUAUAAAAUCACCAAUUGUCGUUUACUUUAUGCACUUAGAUUGAUUUUCCAUGAAAGGGAGCAGGAAUGAGAGACGUAUGCAUUGUGUGUGUUUUCUAAAUUAGGUUCAGCGAUGUUUUUAUAAGCAAAGCGUUGUCAGAGCCAGUGUUGUACUGGUAAAGAGAAUGUUUAUUUGUUUUUCUUUUUUUAUAUUGAAGGCCUGUGCAGCGAACAAUGGGAAAUCUUCCAAGGUAGAAAAGAAUUCUUCUUAAAGUGUGAUUGAGAGACCUCUAUGAAAUUUACAAAUGGACAAUGGUGGUCUUGUUAACAACAAUAAGAAAUGCAACUAGAUAGGGACAAUAUUACUGCCAAACUUGAUUAUGAAUUAGUUUAUUUCUAAGGAGGCGAGUCGUUCGGAGGACCUUGUCUAUAGGUAUGUUUCUUGUUAGUAUUUUUAUAUCUCGAUAAAUGUAAAUACAGUACAAUUAAACUUAAA